ACUGACGUGAAAAUGAGAUGUUUCAUAUCGCGAGCAUCGACUUAGAUCUGUUCGCUCAUCGAUCUGUUUCUCAUUUGUACUCUUACUACAUAAAUCCGCGCUGCGCUCCCGCGUUAAGCCAACACGCACACAGUGGGGAAAGAGUUCAUUAUUUAAAUAGUUCUGUAUUAUUGUAGCCAUAUUCACAACGCGACUUUUAGAUGAUGGCUGAUAUUAGAGCAAGGUACAUUUGAAGGUGGCGCCCCUGUCCAGAGCUCUUAAGUUUGAGUCACCAUGGCAGCUGGAGUGGCAGCAUGGCUUCCCUUUGCCCGAGCAGCUGCCAUUGGCUGGAUGCCAGUGGCAAACUGCCCUAUGCCUGUGGCUCCCAGGGAUCAUAGCAAGAGGCAAGAUGAGCUUAUCAUCCUGAAUGUCAGUGGGCGCCGUUUUCAAACCUGGAAGACUACACUGGACCGCUACCCAGACACGCUCCUAGGCAGUAGCGAGAAAGAGUUUUUUUACAAUGAGGAAACGAAGGAGUACUUCUUUGACAGAGACCCAGAUGCUUUUCGCAGUGUCCUCAAUUUCUAUCGUACUGGCAAGCUGCACUAUCCUCGAUAUGAGUGCAUCUCAGCCUAUGACGAGGAACUUGCUUUCUUUGGCAUCAUUCCUGAGAUUAUUGGUGACUGUUGUUACGAAGAAUACAAGGAUCGUAAACGGGAAAAUGCAGAGAGACUCAUGGAUGACCAGGAUGAGAACAAAGACAUUAAACUACCCAACAUGAACUUUCGGGAGACCAUGUGGCGAGCCUUUGAGAACCCCCAUACUAGCACUAUGGCCUUGGUGUUCUACUACGUAACCGGCUUCUUUAUUGCUAUUUCCGUCAUCACAAAUGUGGUGGAAACGGUUCCAUGUGGUUCCCCACCCAACCAAAAAGACAUGCCAUGUGGCGAACGUUACACUGUAGCCUUCUUCUGCAUGGACACGGCCUGUGUGAUGAUCUUCACUGUGGAAUACCUCAUGCGCCUGUUUGCAGCGCCCAGUCGCUACCGGUUCAUGCGAAGUGUGAUGAGCAUCAUUGAUGUAGUGGCCAUCCUGCCCUACUACAUUGGCCUUGUAAUGACCAACAACGAGGAUGUGAGCGGUGCCUUUGUCACCCUAAGAGUCUUUCGGGUGUUUCGCAUCUUCAAGUUUUCACGGCAUUCUCAAGGUCUUCGGAUCCUGGGAUACACACUGAAGAGCUGUGCCUCUGAGCUCGGCUUCCUCCUCUUCUCGCUUACAAUGGCCAUUAUCAUCUUUGCCACGGUCAUGUUUUAUGCAGAAAAGGGGUCCAGUUCCACUAAAUUCACUAGCAUUCCAGCCUCUUUCUGGUAUACCAUUGUGACCAUGACCACGCUUGGUUAUGGAGACAUGGUGCCUAAGACGAUUGCUGGGAAGAUUUUCGGUUCCAUCUGCUCCCUGAGUGGGGUGCUAGUAAUAGCCCUACCUGUGCCUGUCAUCGUGUCAAACUUUAGCCGAAUCUACCAUCAGAACCAGAGGGCAGAUAAGCGGCGUGCUCAGAAGGUACAGAAAGCCCGCUUGGCCCGGAUAAGAAUAGCCAAGAUGGGCAGCUCCAACGCCUACCUUCAGAGCAAACGCAAUGGACUCUUCGACGAGCUGUUGGAUCUCACAAGCACAGAGGGGGAGGAACAACACCGGAAUAAAACAACAUCUCUACUGGAGAGUCAACACCACCACCUAUUGCACUGCUUAGAAAAAACAACCGCCCAUGAGUUUGUAGAUGAGCAGAUGUAUGAGCAGAACUGUACUGAGAAUGCUCUGCAGAGUUUCCCAUCCCACAGUCCCUCACUAUCCAGUCAUGAGGGUUUCACCGGCACGUGUUGCUCGCGACGCUCCCGGAAGAGUAUUCAACUGCCUAACUCCAGCAUGUCCACCACACACACACAUAUGCAGUCGCAAGGCCUGCAGGAGCUCAGCGCUAUUGACAUUCAGUGUGUGGAGCAAACCAGCCACAGUAACAGCCGUUCCAGCCUCAACCUGAAGCUAAAUGAGACAAAUCAAUUGAACAGAGGCCAACAGAUCAUCACUGCCAUCAUCAGCCUCCCCUCACCACCCCCACUUACCCCCGAAAGAGACGGGCAUGGACCACCCAACCCCCCUGCCACCAUCAGCACCACCACAAGUUUGAAUGUGGUCAAGGUUUCGGCCCUGUGACUGGAGUGAACUGUUAGCAUGUGGCAGUAGUAUGGCAACAGGGAGCUCUGACACAGACAGAUCCACUGGACUACAUAGGGUAGAACUGUAGAUGCCAAAGCGGGGUGGGUGGCAUAUGCAAGGAGGCCAGUGCAAUCAUGUGUUUCAUGAGUUACUUUAUCAUAAGCCAAUGAGAGACCGGAUAUGUCUCUGUGUUGGCAAUCCAUUUCUGAUGAUGUAACGGCAGUGUAUUCAUCAACAUGUUAGCACAAAGAUGUGACUAAGGGAAGAAUCGUACUGUGUAAAGUUACAAUGAUUCAAAGUGAUGUUGUGUUAAAACAUUUCAUUCCAUUUUGGUUGUUCGUCAGUCUUUAUGAUAGGUACACAGUAUGUGCAACAAUCAAAGCAAUUGUGAUAUUCACAAAGUUUCAGUGGAAAUCUGUGUUCAUGAGAAGUAUGAAUAUGGGUCUGUUCCAAAACCUUAUCUUAGCUCAUUUCUAAGGCAGCACUGCAUGUACAUUUGCGGAGAAAGCCAAGAAGGUAGACUAAGCAAAUUAAUUGUUUAAUAUAAAUAUACACUGAUCAGCCACAACAUUAAAACUACACAAUAUUGUGUAGGUCCC